AUGGGCAGCGUCACUUCGCCGGUACCCGGGCACAAGCGCGGGGACGCGCGCACGCGCGCGGAGCUCAGGGGCAGGCAGCUCUGCGCCGCGGCAGGCGCGGGAUGGCUGCUGCGGCCGCAGCCCCUACGGCGCAACGACCGUGUCCAUAUGCUCCUGGGACAGGGCGAGGUGACGUUUAAAGUCGGACCAGUGUCGUGGGAGCUGCGGGAACCCGCUCAGGGUGACGUGCGCUGGCGAGCUGCGGCCGUGACAAGCCAGACCGGAAGAACCCUCCGGGCCCGGUGGCGGCGGCUAGACAGCGGUGUCAAGGACUGGAACAAGUUAGUGUGUUGUCCGUACCCUCCCCUUACUGCUGAGCUGGCCCCGUUGUCCAUCCCGCCCGUGCCGAAAUUCAUCGAGUUUGAAGAUGCCCUGGAACAGGAGAAGAAAGAGCUGCAAAUCCAGGUGGAACAUUAUGAGUUUCAGACCCGCCAGCUGGAACUGAAGGCCAAGAACUACGCGGAUCAGAUUUCCCGCUUGGAGGAGAGAGAGUCCGAGAUGAAGAAGGAGUACAACGCCCUGCACCAGCGACACACAGAGAUGAUCCAGACCUACGUAGAACAUAUCGAGAGGUCCAAGAUGCAGCAGGUUGGGGGAAACAGCCAAACCGAGGGCAGCCUGCCUGGGAGGAGUCCUCGCCAGUCGUGGAGGAAAAGCAGGAAGGAGCGCCCCACCUCUCUGAACGUCUUCCCCCUGGCCGACGGCAUGGUACGUGCACAGAUGGGGGGCAAGCUCGUGCCUGCGGGGGACCACUGGCACCUGAGUGACCUCGGCCAGCUGCAGUUGAGCUCCAGCUACCAGCUCCUGCCCCUGCUGACCUCGUCCCCUGAAGGCCUGCUGCAGGACCAGAGCUCUCGGUCCCUUCCUGCCAGCAAGGCAGCCUCCGGGGCAGAGGGUGACCGUGUUAUGUGGCUUCCGUGGGGCUUGUGCCUGGCUAUUCUUCAGACGUUGGACCUGCCAGGCCGGGAGCGGCAUGGGAAGGAACUCCCGUCCCUAGAGUUUGUGCCCGGGAGCAAGGCUGUAGUGGGUGACCGGGCGCACGUGUGUGUCUGCGAAGGAGCACCUUUCUGCCAGGCCCACCUUGGAGGCUGUCGCGCCCUUCCUGAAAGGCCUGGGCUGGCGGGAGAGGCGGGGGGCCACGAGGCCAAGCUCACGCGCUCUGGGGGCACCUGGGGCCUGGACGCCCCCGGCCCCCCGUCGCAGCCCCCGCGCGCACACCCUCUCACCUUCCCCGGCCGUUGCUGCUGCGUCUUCGGGGGCCUCGCCCUCCUGAGGGCUGAGCAGGCGACUCUGGUGCACGGGGUCAAGUACACUGCCCGGCCCCUCAUCUCAUCACCCGCUGCCCUUGGCCUGAUGACCUGUGCAGCCAAGGAUGCAAUGUCCAGAAGGAGCAGCUGGCUCCGAAUGGGCAAGGAAGUGGGGAACCUGCUGCUGGAGAACUCACAGCUUCUAGAAACCAAAAAUGCUCUGAACGUGGUGAAGAAUGACCUCAUCGCCAAGGUGGACCAGCUGUCCGGGGAGCAGGAGGUGCUGAAAGGGGACCUGGAAGCUGCCAGACAGGCCAAAGCCCGGCUGGAGGGCCGCAUCAAGGACCUGGAGGAGGAGUUGAGGAGAGUGAAGUCAGAAGCCAUCAUCGCCCGCCGCGAACCCAAAGAAGAGGUGGAGGAUGUAAGCAGCUAUCUCUGUACAGAAUUGGACAAGAUCCCCAUGGCGCAGCGCCGCCGCUUCACGCGGGUGGAGAUGGCGCGUGUGCUCAUGGAGCGGAACCAGUACAAAGAAAGGCUGAUGGAGCUUCAGGAGGCCGUGCGGUGGACCGAGAUGAUCAGAGCAUCCCGAGAGCAUCCGUCUGUCCAGGAGAAGAAGAAGUCCACCAUCUGGCAGUUCUUCAGCCGCCUCUUCAGCUCCUCCUCCAGCCCCCCUCCGGCCAAGCGCUCCUAUCCCUCGGUGAACAUUCACUACAAAUCACCCACCACGGCCGGCUUCAGCCAGCGCCGCAGCCAUGCCAUGUGCCAGAUCUCGGCUGGCAGCCGGCCUCUGGAGUUCUUCCCCGAUGAUGACUGCACUUCGUCCGCCCGCCGGGAGCAGAAGCGCGAGCAGUACCGGCAGGUGCGCGAGCACGUGCGCAAUGACGACGGGCGGCUGCAGGCCUGCGGCUGGAGCCUGCCGGCCAAGUACAAGCAGCUGAGUCCCAAUGGGGGCCAGGAGGACACGCGGAUGAAGAACGUGCCUGUCCCCGUGUACUGCCGCCCUCUGGUGGAGAAGGACCCAACCAUGAAGCUGUGGUGUGCUGCGGGCGUCAACCUGAGUGGGUGGAAACCGAGCGAGGACGACUCCGCGAAUGGAGUCAAGCCCCCGCCAGGCCGUGACCCUCUGACCUGCGACCGGGAAGUGGAAGGAGAGACCAAGAGCAAUCACACGUCCCCCGAGAAGAAGGCAAGAGAGCUCCCCGAGGUGGAUGCCACCUCCAGCCGCGUGUGGAUCCUCACCAGCACCCUGACCACCAGCAAGGUGGUCAUCAUCGAUGCCAACCAGCCGGGCACCGUGGUGGACCAGUUCACCGUCUGCAAUGCCCACGUCCUGUGCAUCUCCAGCAUUCCAGCGGCCAGUGACAGCGACUACCCUCCGGGGGAGAUCUUCCUGGACGGCGACGUAAACCCAGAAGACUCCAGUGCAGACGGUGUGCUGGCGGGUAUCACCCUGGUGGGCUGUGCCACCCGCUGCAACGUGCCACGCAGCAACUGCUCCUCCCGAGGGGACACCCCGGUGCUCGACAAGGGCCAAGGGGAGGUGGCUGCCGUCGCCAAUGGGAAGGUCAACCCAGCUCAGUCCACGGAAGAGGCCACAGAAGCCACGGAGGUGCCAGACUCUGGGCCCAGCGAGGCGGAGGCAGCUGCGGUGCGGCCCGGGCCCCUCACGGAGCACGUCUUCACUGACCUGGCCCCCACCCCGGCCCCCAGCACCCAGCCUGGCAGCGAGAACGGGCAGGAGGCCGACACGGGGGGUGUGCAGCCAGAGCCGGAGCCCAGCGCAGACCCUGCGGGGGCCAGCACCAGCGCUGCCCCCACUAUGUGGCUGGGAGCCCAGAACGGCUGGCUCUACGUGCACUCGGCUGUGGCCAACUGGAAGAAGUGUCUGCACUCCAUCAAGCUGAAGGACUCCGUCCUGAGCCUGGUGCACGUGAAAGGGCGAGUGCUGGUGGCCCUGGCAGACGGAACUCUGGCCAUCUUCCACCGAGGCGAAGAUGGCCAGUGGGACCUGAGCAACUACCACCUGAUGGACCUGGGCCACCCACACCACUCCAUCCGCUGCAUGGCCGUCGUGUACGACCGCGUCUGGUGUGGCUACAAGAACAAGGUGCACGUCAUCCAGCCCAAGACGAUGCAGAUCGAGAAAUCGUUUGACGCCCACCCACGGCGGGAGAGCCAGGUCCGGCAGCUGGCGUGGAUCGGCGACGGGGUGUGGGUGUCCAUCCGCCUGGACUCCACGCUGAGGCUCUACCACGCCCACACCCACCAGCACCUGCAGGACGUGGACAUCGAACCCUAUGUCAGCAAGAUGCUGGGCACAGGCAAGCUGGGCUUCUCCUUCGUGGCAGCACUGUCCAGCCAGCCCUGCUCGAUCGGCAGAGCCGCCUCUGCCGUGGUCCUGCACCGAGGCCAGCUCCUGGGGCUCCGGGCCAACAAGACCUCCCCCACCUCCGGAGAGGGGGCCCGUCCGGGGGGUGUCAUCCACGUGUACGGUGACGACAGCAGUGACAAAUCAGCCAGCAGCUUCAUCCCCUACUGCUCCAUGGCCCAGGCCCAGCUCUGCUUCCACGGGCACCGCGACGCCGUCAAGUUUUUCGUCUCUGUGCCAGGGAACGUGUUGGCCACUCUCAACGGCAGCGUGCUCGACAGCCCGUCCGAGAGCCCCGGGCCGGCCGCCCCUGCCUCUGAAGCCGAGGGCCAGCAGCUGAAGAACGUGCUGGUGCUGAGUGGCGGGGAGGGCUACAUCGACUUCCGCAUCGGCGACGGAGAGGAUGACGACACGGAGGAGAGCGCGGGGGACGUGAACCAGGUGAAGCCCUUGCUGUCCAAGGCCGAGCGCAGCCACAUCAUCGUGUGGCAGGUGUCCUACAGCCCCGAGUGA